AAGGAACUUUGCUGUCAACACUCUUUCUGACGACCCUUAUUUUCUCUUCUCUUCUUUCCCCGCACGGGCGGUUAUGUCUCUGCAGUGUUGAUGUCCCGGUGACACCCUAUCCAACUCCCAACUGCUAUCACCUCUUGUCCUCUCUCCAGCGACACAAAAACAAAGCUAUCGAUCUAUUAUUCCGUCCAGUCUGUCCUUUAUUUUCCCCGACCAAGCAAUAAGGAAAUCCACCUUGAUCGUCGCUUGGCGAAUCUUUUUUAUCUUACUUUCAUUUUUUCUAUUUUUUUUUCUCGUACCUGGGUUCUUUCAAACGUCUGAAUCAUCUUCUACUCCCACCGCAAUAUGUGGUUUCCGCGACUUUCGUCCCUUCUUUGCCUGGCCGGCCUAGCGGCCAAUGCUGUCAAUGCUUACGACGGUGACGAGGAUAUCAAGAGUAUUCCGCUUCGUACUCACAGCCUCGAACCACCAUAUCUUGACUCGGAUUUCCAAAGCCGUUGGUUCGACUUUGGUGGAGAUACGAUCAUCCGCGCGGACCAAUACAUUCGUUUAACGUCUGACCGGCCCUCGCAACAAGGAUGGAUCUUCUCGCGUGUUCCGCUGACCGCGACGAACUGGGAGAUCGAGCUCGAAUUCAAGUUCCACGGCUCUGGAAACCUACAUGGCGAUGGAUUUGCCCUGUGGUUGACGAAACAGCGCGCUACACCGGGCCCCGUCUUUGGCUCGACUGAUCGCUUCGAGGGUCUCGGCAUCUUCUUCGAUACCUACAAGAACAACCGUCCCGGAACCUCCUUCCCGUACGUCAUGGCCAUGAUGGGAGAUGGCCAGACCACAUACGACCAGGCACACGAUGGCAAGGACAACGAAUUGGCCGGUUGCUCGGCACGUGGUCUUCGUACUUCUUCGGUUCCCACCAAGGCGCGUUUGACGUAUUUCCAAGACAAGUCUUUGACCCUAGACCUGCAGUACAAGACGGAGGACUCGUGGGUCAACUGCUUCACCUUGACCGCUCCCGAAACCAACAUUGCCAUCCCCUCCGUCGCAUACCUCGGUCUCUCCGCCGAGACGGGUGAGGUGACCGACAACCACGACAUCAUCUCGCUCAAGGCCCAGAACCUCUACAGCGUUUCCAACAGCAAGGCCCGCAAGGACCGCGACGGGCCCGGCAAGAGCCGCAACCGAUCCAAGCCCAGCAAGAAGCAGAAGAAGGGCUCCUGGAGCUGGUUCCUCUUCAAGACCGUCUUGUUCUUCCUCGCCGUCGCCGGCGCCUACGUCGGCUACACGACGUAUCGGGCCAAGCAGCGCUACUCGAGAUUCUAAAGUUUGAAAGAAUAUCAUCGGGCA